CACACACCAUGCUGCCCAAGCCCAGCAGUGGAGCCUCACCGGGGGGCUUUUAACUCGCUACAGGCGGAAAGGGAGGUGAGAAAUGCGGGCACUGCGUUUAAAGGAGCCCCGCUGUUCAGUCCGUCUCCUCUGUCAACAACAGUCCUCCUCCUCCUGCAGCAGCAGCAGCUCCUCUCACGGCUCCCAUCGCUGCACCGAGGAAACCCCGACGACUAUGUGAGCAUCAUGCUGGCUGUGAGAUGCCUGCUGUUCGCUGCAGUGUGUGCACGGUGCUCCGUGACAGGUCUGAGGGAACGGGUCAGUCUUGAAGGAAGGCUGCCACCUGCAGAAGAGGUCGUCCAGCCCAAGCGGCUCCUGCAACAGAUCCACUCCCAGGAGGAGCUGCUCCACAGCCGCCUGGACACCAGGGUCAAAAACUACACAGCCGAAGCGCAGCCCGUCCAUCUGGCCCAGAGCAGCUUCUUGGUGGAGGCCUUCGGCAAAUCCUUCAUCCUUGACCUGGAACUCAACCAUAAUCUGCUGUCUACAGACUAUGUGGAGCGUCACUAUGAUGAGAAUGGGAAGCUGUCACAGAAUAUGGGAGGAGAGCACUGCUACUACCACGGGCAUGUGCGAGGGCUGCCGGUCUCCUGGGCUGCUCUGUCCACCUGCCACGGCCUACGGGGGAUGUUUUCUGACGGAAACUUCUCAUACGGGAUUGAACCUGUUGGUAAUGGAGAGGAGCAGAUUGACCACAUUGUGUACCGUAUGCCGGACAUUGACCUCUUCCCACCUCCCUGUCCAGGUGACUAUGACAGCGGACUCAAAAGUUUGGCUUUCUUUUGCCUCCCCCAGGUGCGACGAGGCCAGCGCACCGUUCAAACAGAGACCAAGUACAUCGAGCUGAUGGUGGUCAACGACCAUGAACUGUUCGUGCAGCUUCGUCGGUCGUCCACUCAGACGAAGAAUUUUGCCAAAGCGGUGGUGAACAUGGCCGACGCGAUCUACAAGGAGCAGCUCAAUACUCGCAUCGUCCUGGUGGCCAUGGAAACCUGGUCUUCUGAAAACAGGGUCUCCGUGGGCGACGACGCAUUGCUCACCCUGCGCGACUUCAUGAAGUACAGGAAGGAGAGCAUCAAGGAACGCUGCGAUGCCGUUCACCUUUUCUCUGGGAGGACGUUCAUGAGCAGCCGCAGUGAGGCAGCCUACAUUGGGGGCAUCUGCUCCAUCACCAGGGGUGGAGGCAUCAAUGAGUUUGGCAGCGUGGGCCCCAUGGCCAUCACAUUAAGUCAAAGUCUUGGCCAGAACAUUGGCAUGCUGAGAAACAAAGAGCGACUGGCUGCAGGAGACUGCAGGUGCCCAGACCCAUGGCUGGGCUGUAUCAUGGAGGACACAGGGUACUACCUGCCCAGGAAGUUCUCUCGCUGCAGUAUAGAUGAGUACCUGCGAUUCCUCCAACAGGGAGGAGGCAGCUGUCUCUUCAACAAGCCCAGCAAGCUGUUUGACCCACCAGAGUGUGGGAAUGGAUAUGUGGAGCUGGGAGAGGAAUGUGACUGUGGAUCUCUCGUGGAGUGUGCACGUAAUGGAGCCAACUGCUGUAAGAAGUGCACCCUUACCCACAAUGCCAUGUGCAGCAACGGGCUCUGCUGCAGGGACUGCAAGUACGAGCUUAGAGGGGUGACGUGCCGUGAAGCUGUUAACGACUGUGACAUCCCUGAGACCUGCAUGGGAGACACCAGCCAGUGUCCUCAUAACGUACACAAACUGGAUGGCUACAUGUGUGAUGCUGGACAGGGUCGGUGUUAUGGAGGUCGCUGUAAGACCAGAGACGGCCAGUGCAGGAACCUGUGGGGCUACAACUCGGCCGACAGGUUCUGCUAUGAAAAGCUGAAUUCUGAGGGCACAGAGAAAGGAAACUGUGGUCCGGACUCCAGUGGUCAGGGAUGGGUGCAGUGCAACAAGCAGGACGUCCUGUGCGGUUUACUGCUCUGCACCAAUCUGACAGACAGGCCGAGGUUUGGUGAACUUCAGGGGAAGCUCACCAGUCUGACCAUCCACCAUCAGAACAGAUACCUGGACUGCAGGGGCGGCCAUGCAGUGCUGGAUGACGGCCUGGAUAUGGGCUAUGUGGAGGAUGGGACGCCAUGUGGGCCAAACAUGAUGUGUUUGGAGCGUCGCUGCCUCCCCGUCAACACCUUCAACCUCAGCACCUGCCCGGGCUCCUCCACCUCACGCAUCUGCUCCCACCACGGGACCUGCAGCAACGAGGUGAAGUGUAUCUGUGAUUCAGACUUCACUGGGAAGGACUGUAGUGUGUUUGACCCGAUCCCAAACCCCACGCCAGCAGACCCAGAGAAAUACAGAGGUCCCAGUGGCACCAAUAUCAUAAUAGGUUCGGUUGCUGGUGCAAUUCUGGUGGCAGCGAUAGUCCUGGGGGGAACUGGCUGGGGAUUUAAAAACAUCCGAAGAGGAAGGUACGACCCUGCCUUAUAGUCCUGAUCCUGAAAACGUUAUCAGAGUCAUGAAUCACUGUUCUUUAUGUAAAACAUAAUGCCA